AUGCCGCUGACCCGCACCCACCUGCAGCCUGGGGCCGAGGGGGCAUGUCGGCCUUUACGUCUCACUGUUCAGGAAACACCUUGUGUAGACGUGGCUCCUCUGAUGGAUCUGGGCAGCGUGCCUGUAAAACCUCCGGGAAGGGAUUCCCAGCCUGAUGCCACCAGGAACCCUCCUGGGAAGAGGCCACAAGGUCAGCAUCGGUGGGAGUUUGGGAGCCGACGAGUCCCACCCUCGUGGGUGACCUUGAGGGCCUCCGUGGAGGAAGCGCGAGGACUAGAGUUCCGCGUGGAGCCCGAGUUGGGGACCGAGCUGCUGCCAUCUCCGGGGACGUGUGGCGUGUGUUGCAGGAUCGGGACGGCGGCGCUGGCCGUGCAGGUCGUGGGCAGCAACUGGCCGAAGCCGCACUACACCCUGCUGGUCACGGGCCUGUGCCGCUUCCAGAUCGUGCAGGUGCUGAAGGAGAAGCCGUACCCCGUGGCCCAAGUGGAGCAGCUGGACCGGCUGGAGGAGUUCCCCAGCGCCCUGCAGGCCCGGGAGGAGCUGGGCGAGCUGUCGGAGCAGUUCUACAAGUACGCGGUGCAGCUGGUGGAGAUGCUGGACAUGUCCGUCCCCGCGGUGGCGAAGCUGAGGCGUCUCCUGGACAGCCUUCCCCGGGAAGCCCUCCCCGACAUCCUGACGUCCAUCAUCCGCACGAGCAACAAGGAGAAGCUGCAGAUCCUGGACGCCGUGAGCCUGGAGGACCGGUUCAAGGCGACCAUACCGCUGCUCGUCAGGCAGAUCGAAGGCCUAAAGCUGCUCCAGAAAACCAGGAAGCACACGCAGGACGACGAGAAGCGGGUCGGUGCCCUCGGAGCCCGUUUUCAGGGGCCCGUCUUCCUGGGCCCAGAGGUUCCGCGUGGGGGGUGGGGGGGCCUUCACUACCACACAGGACACUCCAUGAAGGGUGGCCCGGCUGCAGGCGGCCUCCAGCGGCUGGUUGACGGUGGUGGGCGGGCAGGAGUGAGGGGGAGGGGGAGUGAGGCCUCCCCCGCGGGGCCUGCGGGAGCCCGCAGUUGCAAGGUGCGCACGUCCAGCAUGCCCGAGCCGGCCCGCCGCGUCUGCCUCAAGGAGGUCAAGAGACUCAAAAAAAUGCCUCAGUCAAUGCCGGAAUAUGCUCUGACCAGAAACUACUUGGAGCUCAUGGUGGAGCUGCCGUGGAACAAGAGCACGACCGACCGGCUGGACAUCCGCGCGGCCCGCGUCCUCCUGGACAACGACCACUACGCCAUGGAGAAGCUGAAGAAGCGGGUGCUGGAGUACCUGGCCGUGCGGCAGCUCAAGAACAACCUGAAGGGCCCCAUCCUGUGCUUCGUGGGCCCCCCCGGGGUCGGCAAGACGAGUGUGGGGAGGUCCGUGGCCAAGACGCUGGGCCGCGAGUUCCACCGGAUCGCGCUGGGAGGAGUGUGCGACCAGUCCGACAUCCGGGGACACAGGUGGGUCUCCCCUCACCCGCCUGUUCCUCUCCUUUCUCUUGGUUGGCGAGACUCCCCAGAGCACAGCGCAGGGUCCCUCUCUCCCCGAAAGGGCUGCCUGGACUCCCGCCUGCGCCACAGCCUGGGGCUGGGCCACAGCCUGCAGGGCGACCCCGCCGCCGCUCUGCUCGAGGUGCUGGACCCGGAGCAGAACCAUAACUUCACCGACCACUAUCUCAACGUGGCCUUCGACCUCUCGCAAGUCCUCUUCAUCGCGACCGCCAACACCACGGCCACCAUCCCGGCGGCCCUGCUGGACAGGAUGGAGGUCAUCCAGGUGCCAGGGUACACACAGGAAGAGAAGAUCGAGAUCGCCCACCGGCACCUGAUCCCCAAGCAGCUGGACCAGCACGGGCUGACCCCGCAGCAGCUGCAGAUCCCCCCGGCCACCACCCUGGGCAUCAUCACCAGGUACACCCGGGAGGCGGGGGUGCGCUCCCUGGACAGGAAGCUGGGGGCCAUCUGCCGAGCGGUGGCCGUGAAGGUCGCCGAAGGACCGCACAGAGAAGCCAAGUUGGAGCGCGCCGAUACGAUGGAGGCAGAAGGUGUGUGGCCCUCCGCGGUGUCGGGGUGUGGGGGCGUCCUGGGCUGCCCUCGGGAGGGACUGCGCCGCGGGCUGUCCUUCACAGACGGCACAGCGUCGGCCUCCUCCGCCCCUCAUGCCGGAAGCUGGUCACUGACGCUCUGCCCCGCACCAAGAGGGAUGCUGUAUUUUGCUGAUCCGACAGGGAAAAGGGAGGCUCCCACUUCCUCAAACAGCCUUGGCGGCGAGUGCCGGGAUCCAGCGCGUUACAGACACAGGCUGACAGGUGGCGACAGCCGAGACCGGCCGGCUCCCGGGAGACGGGAGUCUUCUGGAAGUUUCGAUCUUCUCGACAACACAGACAUCCACCUGCACUUCCCGGCUGGAGCCGUCACCAAGGAUGGGCCGUCGGCAGGGGUCACCAUCGUGACCUGCCUGGCCUCGCUGUUCAGCGGGCGGCUGGUGCGCUCCGACGUGGCCAUGACGGGCGAGAUCACGCUGCGGGGCCUGGUGCUGCCGGUGGGCGGCAUCAAGGACAAGGUGCUGGCGGCGCACCGGGCGGGCCUGAAGCGGGUCAUCCUCCCGCAGAGGAACGAGAAGGACCUGGAGGAGAUCCCGGGCAACGUGCGCCGCGACCUGAGCUUCGUCACGGCGAGCUGCCUGGACGAGGUCCUCAACGCCGCUUUCGACGGGGGCUUCUCGGUCAAGGCCAGGCCCGGCCUCUUAAAUAGCAAACUGUAGGCUCGGAGCGCGGCUCAAGCGCCGUCCUGAAACCCCGAGGCCCGCCGGGCUGGCUGCUCACACCAGCGGGUAAGCCAGACGUCCCUUCCCCUGUGAGCUGAUCAGCAGGCACAAGCCUCACCGCGGGGCCGCGGGGGCUACAGAGAUUUUAAUAAACAGAUGGCACUGACUCCUGUC